AUGUCGUGGGAGCUUCUGCAGCGGUUCUUUGACUCUGAUGUCUUCAACUCCAACCCUUUUCUUCCCGUCUCCUACCUCUCGCGCUACGCAGACCAUAUAGGCAUUCACUACGUGCUCUGCAAUAAGCUGCGCCAGUUCCCGUACGAAGACAUUGAGUUCUUCCUUCCGCAGCUAUGCCACCUCAUCAUUAGCGUGGACAAUGAGUCCAUGGCGCUCGAGGAGUUUCUUCUCGAUCUCUGCGAGGAAUCCGUUACCGCGGCUCUGCUGACCUUUUGGCUCUUCCAAACCUAUCUUCACGAUCUAUCCUCGAAUCCGCAGUCCACCGCCUUCCAAACGUGUCGUCGAGUCUAUAACAAGGUGCAGCACAUUGUCUUUGGCCUCAAUGACGUCGGUCGACACGAGAGGAUUAAGGAAAAUGUCCUCCCCGUCACUGUACUUUCCAGCUUCGUCCUCGCUAGCGUCGCCCUGCCCAUGAUUCCAAAAUGGGCCGGUCCGCUUGCUGUCGCACAGGCUCGCAAGCCACAGCCCAUAACCAACGCUGCGGUCAGUGAAACAACCGACGAUGGCAAGCCGGGCAAACCGCAGACCGUCACCGCUCUCAAUGCGAGACCGAAACGCAGCAAGGAUAGCCGCGUGCCCAGCGCGAGAAUCUCCUCGCCUGGUCGAACUGUCGCAGCAAAAGCAAUUAUCCAGGCGACCACAGCAUCCCCUAAAUCGAAAUUACAAAAGGAGAUGAAGAGACCGCCUGCGUUGAACAUGGCCCAGACCGAGGCCAUGUCGAGCUCGGCAUCGCUUCCCUUGCCUUCGCCGCCACAGACGACGAGGCCCGAGACGCCCCCAUUGACCGCUGGCCUCGCACCGCGCACCCACUCCGAUAGCAUCCUCCGCAGACACUCGCACCACACAAAGAAUUCCAAAACCACAGGCAACCUGUCCUCGAUACAAAAGACGCGGCUGCUAAGGCAGCACUACUUUAGAUCCCAGACACAAUUCCUACAGGCGCUCGAGGGCAUUUCCAACCGUCUCGUUAUAGUACCUAAGCAAGCUCGCAUGAGCGCUCUCCGCGCAGAGCUGGCCCUUAUUGCGCGAGACUUACCUGCCGAAAUUGACGUUCCUGUUAUAUGCCCGCCCACUUUGCUAAACGGCGCUCCAGGGAAGAGCCGACAUCAUCGCAUUGUUCGCCUGAACCCAGCCGAAGCAACUGUCUUGAAUAGUGCCGAAAAGGUACCAUAUCUACUCAUGGUUGAGGUGCUCAGGGAAGACUUUACGUUCGAUCCGGAGACGCCAGACAACCAGCGGCUCUUGCCGGAACUGAUUGGUGUCCGCGGGAAUUCGAAGCGUCUAUUUGACCUGUCGUCCGAGCUUCCAAAAUCAGCACAGGCGACACCGCCGCCCGAGACCGCUGUAGAUAGUGUUUUUGAACCGACCUCGGGCGACCUCAGCAGCUCUAAUCUAAUCAAGUCGCUGGAUGAAGAAGGCCAGCCGCGUGCGGCACUCAAGCAGACGCUACCGUAUGGCACCCAGCGGCUGUCUAGCGGAGCAACAACGUCUUCCACCACCCUUGACGCCGCUACCCCACGAACUUCGGGCGCAUCAAGAUCGCGAUCCAGUAGCCCCGGCUCGCGUCGCAAGAUGACGCUGCAGAUGAACCGAAAUGCGUCCACCGACCAGCCAGACUUUUCCGCUCUCGCCACGCACAUGCGCACAGCGUCGCAGAUGCUGGCCCAGCUGGAUGCCACCAGCGGAAAGCGACCCAAGCAAGAGGUCGCCGCCAUCCGCGCCAAGAUUAUCGCCUCCAUGCAGACCCUGGAGGAGCGCAGUUUUGAUGCAGACGAGCAAGGCCCAACCUUUGACACCAUCAUGGCCAAGGCCAGCACAGCAGCAGCAGCCGCGGCGUCUGCGGCCGCCGGCAACCCGGACCUGGAUGAAGACGCACCCGUAGACACGAACCUCAAUGCCAGCGCGGGUCGCGAGCGCAUGGAGAACGACUUCAAGACGGGCGGCGUGCAGCGGCGGGGCGACCGCGACGACCCCAGCGCGGCCGUGUUUGGCGAGGCGUGGGAGGCCAAGAAAGAACGCAUCCGCAAGUCGUCGCCGUACGGGUGGAUGAAGAAUUGGGACCUUGUCAGUGUCAUUGUCAAGACAGGUGCAGACCUGCGGCAAGAAGCGUUUGCGUGUCAGCUCAUCCACGUGUGCCACAAGAUCUGGGUCGACGCCGGCGUGGACGUUUGGGUCAAGCUGAUGCGCAUCCUGGUGACGGGCGAGUCGUCGGGCCUGAUCGAGACGAUUACCAACGGCGUGUCGCUGCACUCGCUCAAGCGAAGCCUGACGAUGGCGUCGAUUGAGGCGGGCAAGAACCCGCGGCACCGCAUCGCGACGCUCAAGGAUCACUUCCUCAAGGCGUUUGGCGAGCCUGGCAGCCGGCCGCACCGCGCGGGCGUCGACGCCUUCAAGCGCUCGCUCGCCGCCUACAGCGUCAUCUCGUACGUGCUCCAGCUCAAGGACCGCCACAACGGCAACGUCUUGAUCGACAGCGAGGGCCACAUUAUUCAUAUUGAUUUCGGCUUCAUGCUCUCCAACUCGCCUGGUUCUGUCGGCUUCGAGGCGGCCCCCUUUAAGCUCACCCAUGAGUACGUCGACGUGCUCGGCGGCCUCGGCUCUCCCGACUACGAAGACUAUAAGAAGCUCUGCAAGCAGGCUUUCCAAGCGCUGCGUCGCUCCGCAGACUACAUCAUCGACCUAGUUGCCAUGAUGGGCCGCGAAUCCAAGAUGCCCUGCUUCUCCGUCGGCGUGGCCACGGCGACGAGCGCCCUGAGGCAGCGCUUCCAGCUGCAUCUGAGCGCCGACGAAGCAGAGCAGUUUGUCGAGACGGAUCUGAUUGCAAAGUCUUUUGGAAGCUAUUAUACACGACUCUACGAUACUUUUCAAUACCGAACACAGGGCAUAUACUAA